UGCCCCCAACCCCACCAACAUUGCCUGUGCCUUUAUUACUGGUACUGUGCCCUUGAAAGGACUUGCUGUUGCUUUCUGAGUUGUCCCUCGCCGCCGACGGGUCAUUCAGACCGCUUUCUUUUACUUACCCGGACCGAAACUGCACUCUCUUCCAAACACCACCAACUACCUAAUUCUCCCCCAAGUCGACGCCGGCAACUCAGUCAUGGCCCCCCCACCCCCCGUUCCGCAGUCUUCGGCAGACCCCCCGGUCCCCCGUGAUGUUGUGCUCGUCACAGACCGCCUGGAGAAGCCGUCUCUAGAUGACCGGUCUUACCGGGUCAUCUGCCUCCCAAACCAGCUCGAAGCCCUCAUAGUCCAUGAUCCCAAGACAGACAAGGCCAGCGCUGGCAUGGAUGUCAAUGUCGGGAGCUUCAGCGACGAGGAUGAGAUGCCGGGCAUGGCUCAUGCCGUCGAGCAUCUCCUCUUCAUGGGCAACAAGAAAUACCCGGUGGAAAAUGCGUACCAUCAGUACAUAUCAGCCCAUUCCGGGUUGACCAACGCCUAUACGGCAGCGACAUCCACAAACUACCACUUUGAGGUUUCUGCCAAACCCAGCAAUGGAGAGGAACCGUCGGCAACGAACCCCUCGCCACUACUGGGUGCUUUGGACCGCUUCGCCCAAUUCUUCAUCGAACCGCUGUUCCUCGAGAGCACCCUGGACCGCGAGCUCAGGGCCGUGGACUCGGAGAACAAGAAGAACCUGCAGAGCGACCAGUGGCGUCUGCAUCAACUUAAGAAGUCGUUGUCAAACCCCAAGCAUCCGUUUUGCCAUUUCUCUACCGGCAAUCUCGAAACCCUAAAGACUGCCCCCGAGGCCGAAGGUAUCAACGUCCGCGACAAGUUCAUCGAGUUCUAUGAGAAGCACUACUCGGCCAACCGGAUGAAGCUUGUUGUUCUUGGCCGGGAGCCCUUGGAUGUUUUGCAGACUUGGGUCAUCGAACACUUCUCCUCGGUCAAAAACAAGAACCUUGCGCCCAACAAGUGGGAGCAAGAGGUGCCGUUCACUAAGGAGCAGCUAGGAACCCAGAUCUUUGCAAAGCCUGUGAUGGACACGCGGGACCUUACCCUUACGUUCCCUUUCAUUGAGCAGGACCACCUCUAUGACUCCCAGCCCAGCCGGUAUAUCAGCCAUCUGAUCGGCCAUGAGGGCCCCGGGAGCAUCAUGUCGUACAUCAAGUCGAAAGGCUGGGCGAACGGCUUAUAUGCUGGAGCCUGGCCCGUUAGCCCCGGCACCCCGGAAGUCUUUGAAUGCCAGAUUACGUUAACAGAAGAGGGACUCAAGAACUACAAGGAGGUGGUGAAGGUCGUUUUUGAAUACAUUGCUCUUCUACGCGAGACCGAGCCCCAGGAGUGGAUAUUCGACGAACAGAAGGGCCUAUCCGAGGUGAACUUUCGGUUCAAGGAGAAGACACAGUCAUACCGCUUCACGAGCAAGCUCAGCUCAUUCAUGCAAAAGCCGCUGCCGAGGGAGUACCUGCUGAGCGGGUACAGCCUGCUGCGCAAGUUCGACCCCAGUGUGAUCAAGGAAGGCCUUGACUGCCUGCGCCCGGACAACUUCCGCAUGACGAUUGUUUCACGCGACUUCCCUGGAACAUGGGAGAACAAGGAAAAAUGGUACGGGACCGAAUACACGUGCCAGCCUAUCCCGGCUGAGCUUAGGGACGAGAUCAAGAAGGCGGCGGCCAGUGGGCCUCAGAACCGAACGGCUAAGCUCCGACUCCCGCACGCAAACGAGUUCGUGCCGACCAAGUUAGAGGUUGAGAAGAAGGCCGUCAAGGAACCCGCAUUGGCACCGCGCAUCGUCCGGAACGACUCGCAGGUCCGGACCUGGUUCAAGAAGGACGACACAUUUUGGGUCCCGAAAGCGACACUCAUCAUUAGCUGCAGAAGCCCGGUGGCUACCGGCUCGGCGGCCGGCCGGGUGAAGUCACGUCUCUUUACUGACCUCAUCAAAGACGCGCUCGAAGAGUACUCGUACGACGCCGAGCUGGCUGGCUUGGAGUACACCGUGACCCUCGACUCGCGGGGCUUGUACAUUGAGAUCUCCGGUUACAACGACAAACUGGCAGUCCUCUUGCAGCAUGUGCUCAUCACCACGCGCGAUCUCGAGAUCCGCGAUGACCGGUUUGCCAUCAUCAAGGAACGCAUCAGCAGAGGAUACCGCAACUGGGAACUCGCCGCGCCGUGGACCCAGAUCGGCGAUUACAUGUCCUGGUUAACUAUCGACCAGGGCUAUGUAGUCGAAGAGCUCGAGGCUGAGCUGCCUCAUAUCACACCCGAUGCUCUCCGGGUGUUCCAAAAGGAGCUACUGGCGCAGAUGCACAUGGAGAUGCUUGUUCACGGCAACAUCUAUAAGGAAGAUGCCCUCAGGCUGACAGACAUGGUCGAGACGACGCUGAAACCUCGGGUCCUCCCACAAGCGCAGUGGAAAAUUCGCCGUGGGUUGAUGCUCCCCCCCGGAUCCAACUACAUCUGGAAGAAGAAACUUAAGGACCCUGCGAAUGUCAACCACUGUAUCCAAUACUUCCUCCAUGCGGGGUAUAGGGGUGAUUACAACGUCCGAGCCAAGGUGUUGCUGCUGGAUCAGAUUGUCCACGAACCGUGCUUCAACCAGCUUCGUACCAAGGAACAACUUGGCUACAUUGUCUACUCAGGCACCUGGACCAGCAUCACGCAGUACGGCUUCUACUUUGUCAUUCAGAGCGAGAAGACUGCCCCGUACUUGGAAACUAGAAUUGAAGAGUUUCUGAAGACGGUGGCCACGACGCUGGAAGAAAUGAGCGACGCCGAGUUCGAGAGCAACAAGCGCAGCAUCAUCGACAAACGUUUGGAGAGACUCAAGUACAUGGAACAAGAAAGCAACAGGCACUGGACCCACAUCCACUCCGAGUUCUAUGCCUUUGAUAAUGCUCCCCAAGAUGCGGAGCACAUCAAGCCGCUGACCAAGGCGGACAUGAUCGAGUUCUUCAACCAGUACAUCCACCCUAAUUCGCCAUCGAGGGCAAAGCUGGCUGUUUACCUCGAAGCCCAGGCCAAGAGCGACGUGUCAACCAAAGAAAUCUCGGAACUCAUCAAGACGCUGGAGCUUGAUUCGACGGGUGCUGCCAAGGCCGCGUCUGAUCUCCAGGCCCGGCUGAGUGCGGCCGAUCAAGACGUGGAGAAGGAGGUGACAGGCCUCCGGGAUUAUCUGCUCCACGAUCUGAAGGUGGCCGAAGGCAAAAUUGACGUGGCCGCCGAGGCAUGGAAGAAGAUCCACGCCGAGCAUGGGCCCGGAAGCGAUGUCGUCAUGGACGCGGAACCGCCUUCGGCCAACGGAACGACCCCGGUCUUCAUCGACGAUGUGCGGUCUUUCAGGGCGAGCCUCCCCGCUAGCAACGGGGCCAAGCCUCUGAGGGACCUCAGCGAAUAUGAGGAUCAUGGGGCAAAGCUUUGAUUUUUGCCCGCGUCUGGGCUAGGUACCUCUACCUAGGUAUUCAUGCUGGGGAAUCGGAAGGCUAUCUUGGGAGAGGGAAGAGGAAUUGGGAA